AUGGAGAACGAUACCGUUGUGAGACUGGAGGCAAUUGAGAUCACGAUGGAGGGAAUGAAGGCUGAGUCAGCGGCUGUACGACGAGACUUGCAGCAAAUUAUGAGGGUCUUAGGUACGCGCGUUAAUCCACCGGAGGGGAGUUCCGAUGACAGUUCGGUGAACGACAACAGACACCAAGUCGUGCGGGAAAAUGAGAAUGGGGGAAAUGGAAACAGAGGCGAGGAACAAAAGCUGUGGCGGAAAAGGAUUGAAUUGCCAACAUUCAAUGGAGACGAGCCUUUGAGUUGGCUCAACAGAGCGGAAAGGUUUUUCGACAUUCAGAAGGUGAUGAGCGAUGAAGACAAAGUGGAAAUCGCGUAUGUGAGUAUGGAGGGAAGCGCAGCGUACUGGUUUACGUUCUGGAAAGAGAAAGCAAGAAAUCGCUCCUGGGACGGUUUGAAGGCCGCGAUGAUCAACCGGUUCGGUGGGGGAUUUAGAGGAACGGUGUUCGAGAGGUUGGCGUCGUUGAGACAGGAGGGCACGGUGGAGGAAUUUGUGCGCAACUUUGAGGUAUUGACGGGACAGACGAGGGGCAUACCGGAGGAGCAAGUACUCGGAUAUUUCCUCGCCGGACUGCGGGAGGACAUAAAGGGGCAGGUUCGAAUCCAGAACCCGCCGGAUUUAACGGAGGCAAUGAGGGUCGCUCGGGACGUGGAGGAUGCGAUGGUGAGAGCGCAAGGGGGGUUUGCGAGUGGGUUCAGAAUGAAUUCCGCAGGCGUGCGAUCAUCGGGAGGAGUGAUACGAACAAACCCGAUUCGUAAUCCGGCGAACCAAGGAGGCCGAGUGGAGACGGCGGGAAAUGCGAGAAGAGAUGGGGGUAUCGCGAACGCGAAUACGAGACUGAAUAUUGCUGGUGGGAACGAUAACCGUGGAAGAAUGAUGAGAAACCUACCAUAUCCGGAGUUUCUCAAGAGAAGCAAGGAGGGUCGUUGCUUCCGGUGCGGUGGCCCAUUCGCGCCCGGCCAUCGUUGUGAUGAGAAGAGUUUGAGGGUAUUAGUGUUGGCGGAAGACGAAGAGGAGGAAGAGGGGGAAGAACCCGAAACCCAAGGAGAGACGCUCUUGGAGUUAUCGGCCUGUUCUGCGGAAGGGCUAACGUCGGCCAGAACGCUGAAAUUGAUAGGGAUGAUCGGAGAAAAGAGGGUGGUGGUGCUGAUAGACAGCGGCGCCAGUCACAACUACAUAGGCCGGAAGCUGACGGAGGAAUUAGCAUUGAAGGUGACGGACACCCCGGCGUACUGCGUGAGUUUGGGUGAUGGCCACCGGAGAAUGACGCGGGGCCGGUGUGAGAAGGUGACGGUGAAGCUGGAGGAAGUCGAUGUGGAGGAAGAUUUUUACGUCUUUGAGCUGGGGGGUGUAGAUGUAAUUUUGGGAGUUGCAUGGCUGGCCAAACUAGGAGAAGUAAGCACCAAUUGGGGAAAAAUGACUAUGGUCUACAAAGUGGGGGACAAGAAGAUAUGUAUAAGGGGUGAUCCAUCAUUAUCGCGACAGGUGGUGAAUGCCAGGAGCUUGUUUAAACUAGUGGAAGUUGACUCAGGGGCUGUGGUUUGGAAUCUGUGCAAAGUGGAGGGGGAAAACUGCAGUGAGUGGGAUAAUGAUGUGACGGAAGAGCAGAAAAGACAAUUACAGGAGGUGCUGCAGGCGCACUAUCCCGUUUUUCGUGAAUUUCAGGGGCUGCCUCCAAACCGAAACAGAGAGCACCGCAUCCAACUAAAAGAGGGAGUAGACCCCAUAAAUGUGAGACCAUAUCGCUACCCUCACCUCAUGAAGGGGGAGAUUGAGAAGCAGGUGGAAGAUAUGUUGAAGGCGGGCAUCAUUCGUCCAAGCACGAGCCCAUUCUCUAGUUCGGUGAUCUUGGUGAAGAAGAAGGAUGGGAGUUGGAGGUUCUGUGUAGAUUACCGGGCCCUAAAUAAAGCUACUGUCCCCGAUAAGUUUCCUAUCCCUAUGAUAGAAGAAUUGCUAGAUGAGCUGACCGGUGCACGUUACUUUUCGAAAAUUGAUUUAAAAUCUGGAUAUCACCAGAUUAGAAUGGAGGAAGGAGAUGUGCCCAAGACUGCUUUUCGUACUCACCUCGGCCAUUUUGAGUUCCUUGUUAUGCCAUUUGGGCUCACCAAUGCCCCUGCUACGUUCCAGAGUACGAUGAAUGAGCUAUUGCGGAAGUAUCUUAGGAAAUGGGUGUUAGUUUUUUUGAUGAUAUUCUUGUUUACAGUUCCACAUGGGAAGACCACUUGGUGCAUCUAGACGGAGUGCUACGGUUGCUAGAGGAGAAUGGAUGGGUGGCCAACCAAAAGAAAUGUGAGUUUGGAAGAAGGAGGAUCCAAUAUUUAGGC